UUAUAUGCAGGUUACGAAGAUCAACAACUACCAACAAGAAACCAAUAGCAAAGAGUAAUGUCUAGCCAGUUUGACAAGACCAAACAGUCGCUUUCCCAGUAUCAGAAGACUAUUGCUGAGUCGAAUUUGUUUGCGUCAAUUACAAAGUCGCUAUCUCCAGCAUCUGAUGGUAUAACAACAAUACGAUGUCUUGCGUUGGGAUCACCUAUUGAAAGUAUCAAUGCCCGCUAUCAGCUUGCUCUAUUGGUUGAAUUAGCCAAGAAUGUCUCUGCAUCGCAUAUAUCUGUUUAUGAUCCGGUGUUUACGCCGGAAGAUAUAGACUUAUUCAAAGAUAUUUUUGAAAACGUCGAUACAUUAGAAGAAUUCAAAACCAAUUCUACAACCACCCUUUACUUUCUACCACAUGCCCCACUUGACCUUACGGAAACAAUAUUCAAAACACAUGAACCAAUGUUUGUCCUCGCCAAUGAUAUAGUCAGUCAUACGGACCGUCUAACUAAAGCCAAACUACUAGAAACGUAUCCGGUGUUAGCAACUAUGGUUCAUAUUGCCAAUAAGUCAGAACAAGUAGAUGAUGGGUUUAAAGUGGUCAAGAAAAAGAAAAAUAGACAUGCAUUGAAAGAGGUGCAAGUGGUUUAUGAUUUGGAUAUGGUAUAUUUUGACGAUGUACAGGUGGAAAGGUAUCCCGCUGAUAAGGGAGAUCCGUGGGGUAACUCUUUUUCUGAUUUAUCAUUCAUACGGGUGGUGCCGAAGAGUACUACAAAGGAAUAGGUCGUUGAGAAGUAAUGAUAAUCUUAUCAUUCGGUCUUAUAGGAGUUACGUACUUUAAUAGAAUAAACAACUGAGUAACCACUGUACUACUAGAUACCUCGUUUUAGCUUUAAUUAUUCAGCUCAACUUUUGAGACUUGUAUUCUGUUUUACAGAUUGAUAUUGUAAUGUAGGUGUUUCAAUCGUGUGUGUGUUUUAUCUAUUUUACGUUGCAAUUUGAGCUCUAAAUUUUUUUGCAAAAAAAUUUCCGAUAUUUUUAACCCAACAUCGAUCAAUGUGCUACACCAUCGAAAUCUUCAACAUCAAACAAUAGCCAUCCAGAACUCAAUCUACCACUGCCUAUUAAAAGCAAUCAACCCU